AUGGAAUCAGAUGUCGUUUUUAUAACAGAAACAUGGUUAUUCGAGAACGUAGACGAUCGGGAAAUCGCUCUCCCCGGUUUUCACCUGUUCCGAAAAGAUACAGCCGGGCGUCAAGGUGGGGGUAUGCUCACCUUUGUUAGACAUGGCCUGAUUGUGUCAGACAAUACUGACAAGCUCGCGUCCGAAAUGGAGACCCUUUGGUCGGUUUUUACGAAAGAGGCCGAGCUAACCACUGCUACCUUUAGAGCACAGGAGAUUCCAUCCAUCGACUCAGUUGAGCUCACAGAAGUUUCUGUCCUGCAAGAACAUAUUGAGCUUCAAGACACGAAGUGGCCAGGUCCGGAUGGCAUAUCUGCAAAGGUGUUGAAAGAGCUAGCCGUGGAGUUGGCAGAACCCAUGUACUUAUUCUUCCGGGCCUCCCUUAAUACAGGCCAAUUGCCACCCUAUUUGGAAGACAGUGUGGAUCUCACCCAUACACAAACGUGGGAGUCAGGAGUCCGCAAACAACCAUAG